AAGUAAAACUUUUCCCCUUAAAACCCGUCUAAAGUUUACACCAAAGAAGUGUUGAGUUUUGCUGAAAACACUUGAAAAGUUGGAAAUUCCAAUUUUCUAUCCAAACCCCAAACUAAUUUCUAUACAAAAACAACCAAACCCCAACAAUAUUCUCAUCCUCUUUCAUUCAUUUUCUCAAUUUUUUUCAUGCAAAACAUAGCAACGAAGCAAUUUCCACCCGUAACAAUCUUUAUUUUUUCUUACACUUUUUGACGUUAUCGAUGGCAAUGAAGUGCAUUGCCAGGCUAAGGUCCCGCCGGGUGGUUCAAGACCAUCUCCUUCGAGCUUCCAAUGAAGCGGCGGUUGGCGGUGGUUGCUGUUGGGCCAACCUGCCUCAGGAAUUGUUAUGGGAAGUUCUUUUAAGGAUCGAAGACUCGGAAAGUAGUUGGCCUCAGAGGAAAAAUGUGGUCGCCUGUGCUGGUGUUUGCAGGAGUUGGAGGAUUAUUAUUAAACAGAUUGUUAAAGUUCCUCAACUUUCAGGGAAAUUAACUUUUCCCAUCUCAGUUAAACAGCCCGGUCCAAAGGAUUCUCUCCUUCAAUGCUUCAUAAAGCGAAAUCGAUCAACCCAAACAUACUACCUUUACCUUGGUUUAACUAAUUCAUUAUUGGACGUUGGAAAGUUCCUUCUUGCUGCUCGCAAGUGUAGGCGUCCAACUUGCACAGAUUAUAUCAUCUCUUUACAGGCUGAGGAUAUCUCAAAGGGGAGUAAUGCUUAUGUUGGGAGAUUGAGAUCAAAUUUUUUAGGGACCAAGUUCACCGUCUUUGAUGGACAACCUCCUCACACUGGUGCAAAGAUAGCUAAAAGUAGAUCCUCUAGGCUACCAAAUUUAAAACAAGUUUCACCUAGAGUCCCUUCUGGCAGUUACCCCAUGGCUCACAUUUCAUAUGAAUUAAAUACAUUAGGUUCAAGGGGUCCAAGAAGAAUGCAUUGUAGUAUGAACACCAUCCCUGCAACUUCAAUAGGACCAGGAGGAUUAGCCUCCACCCAGGCUGAGUUUUCUCUCAACAAUGUGAAUCCAUCUCAAUCGAUCCCAAUCUUUCAUUCAAAGUCGGCCAGUUUGGAGAAUUUUCUAUCUGGCCCUUUAUCAUAUCAAAAGAAUGGUAGACUGGUCUUGACAAAUAAGGCUCCGAGGUGGCACGAGCAACUCCAGUGUUGGUGUUUGAACUUCCAUGGACGAGUUACGGUUGCUUCAGUGAAAAACUUCCAAUUGGUGGCGUCUCCGGAAGAUGGACCAGCAGGGCCAGAACAUGAGAAGAUCAUCCUCCAGUUUGGGAAAGUGGGGAAGGAUUUGUUUACCAUGGAUUACCAGUAUCCGAUCUCAGCUUUCCAAGCCUUUGCUAUCUGCCUCAGCAGCUUUGACACGAAGAUUGCUUGUGAAUAAAUGAUGAACAGGUUUGUAUUUAUUUUAUUUUUGAAAAAACAAGUAAAGCCCCUGUCCAUUUACCAGCAUAAACUUUUCAUCUUCUCUACCCACUGCUUUUAUUACAUUUUAAUUCCUGAAAAAA